AUGAGGGAAGCAUGGAUGAUCAAGAUGGCUACAUGUUCCCACCAGAUGGCGCGAGCCCAACUGGAUGAGACGGCGUACAAGUUCUAUACGAUGGGAACAAAGCAAGACUCGGACAGUUCUUUUGAUACUAUCCAUAGUUUCUAUCUUACGAACCCAUAUAAGAUCACGCACCAUUUCGCUAUAUCCCAGGCAGGUUGUGCUUUCUAUAGGUUAGCUGACACUACUGACAACCAGAACAAUCUUCCUUCACGACGUGUCGCAUUCGAGGAGAUCAUGUCAGAAUCCAAGUUAUCCAUUGCGUUGCCACUGGAGCUGGUGAAGUUUUACAAGAAAUGGAUAGUGGAGUUUUCCUGCCUUCUCGAGUCUCGUCAACACGAUUGGCCUUCCUUUGCUCUUCCUUAUUUAUUCGAUGUGCUGAGGGAAAUCAGAACGAACACUGAAACUCUGGAGCAGUGCUCUGAAUUUCUGGAAAACUAUUCCGGUCCGUCAUUCCGCAAAUCGACUGAAAAGCACCGUGUUGCAUUUGCUCCUGUUCCGACCAAUCUUCAUGUUCAUCAGUCCACAAUUGACAAUAGGGUCACACGAGUGGUUUUGAGCUGUGGUACUACGUCGGCUUUACCUCUUCGCUUCCAGUAUGGUGGCCUCUCCCGGAUAGCAACGAUGUUGGAAGUCGAACGACAGUUCCAUGACUUUCCUUUUUGGUCGAGGCGAUACCUUCUUACGGAUCUGAAGAAACUGGAUGCUGAAUGGAGCGGGGGAAACUUCGAGAAGCGAGCCAAGCUUAGCACUGAUCUUGCUUCUGCCAUAAGGAGUGUAAGUGAAGAGUCCACGAAUGAGCUAAUCAUGGGAAAAGAUCUCAGUGAUUUGCAGAUCUUCGAUCGUUUUAAAGAGAUCAGCGACGGCAUAACAGAGUUGGAAGAGUUCGCUGAUAUUCUUGCUGAUGAAGAGAGUCGAAGGGUAUCCUUGGGACAAAGCAUUGAACGACGACUACCGGACACUCUGCAGAACCAGAUGGAUACGAUCGAUGCAAUGGUGAUAAGUUUGACUACAAAGGUGGCAGUGAUGGAUAAAAUUAACGAGGAAAAGGGUAAAAGUGAAAUUUACGAAAAGACGGUUCGAGAAGCCAUUUCUCUGUGCUUCGAUAUGUUACUGGCCUUGGCAGAUUCAGUUUUGGAAUCGCAGCUAUUUGGUCUAGUGAUGGAGAUCCACAGAACCUCAUCAGCUCAUCUUUACUUUCAUGUUCAAUUGAGGUCUGACUUUAUUCUCUCACAAGCAAUUACCAUCGCUGCUACUUCUAUACUCAGCACCAUCUACCGAGGAUGGCCUGUCGCUGAUGGUAAGCUGGUAUAA